AUGUCCACACGGCACACUGCCACCAGCAUGGAUAACAAUAAACACCCAGUUAAGUACGAAAAGCAGGACGAAGAUUAUCAAAUGGUAGAGAAAAUGAGAGGAAAGACUUUAUAUGCGUGGGAGAGAUUUACUAUGGGUCAAGAUAAACGAGAUAUCAAGUCCAUUUUAGAAUUUUUUCAGAAAAUUGUUAUUUCAUAUGAUAUCAAUCUUGCUGAUAUUGAUGAAGAAGGCAAAUAUACGCCUGGAGCCUGUGCUGGAGCAUCUGCUAAAGAAAGACCCAGGGAUACCAUCUCUCGAGCGACAUCCAUCGGUAUCGUCAAGGACAAGCCAACGGAUCUUUUAUUGCCCAAGGCAAUGCAGCAAGGCGCCGUAUCUGCUCCAUUAAAUGUUAAGCAACGUGAUGGCCAGCUUGUGUCCUCAUUAGAUGCUCCUGGAAACCAGUACAUGCAUUCUCCACCCUCCUCAGAAAACCUGCAUACAACUUCGUUGCCAUCGGUAUUUCACAACUAUAUACAACUUGUACCUGUCGAAGCGCCAUAUUGGGCUUCCCAGUCAUCAUCUGUUUUAUUCCACUCUGCUACUGCUUUUGUUGUCAUGACUGCUCCACAGCAGUGUAUUCGGAGACCCCCUUCACCUCAAAAAGGCCUCCCAGACCACUUUCCUGUGAAAUGA